AUGAUGAAGCUAUUUGUUUUACUUUCUCUGGCAAUAACAUUAGUACAAAUUAGUUUAAACAAUGUAACAGCAUGCUCGUCAGACGCAUGGAAUAACAAUGGAACACGAGUAGCUCAAACUAGUCUUCCUGAAGAUGUAUUUGUUGAUACGGACGGUAGCAUAUAUGUACCAGACAAUUCUAAUCGUAUACAAAAAUGGUCAGCGGGCGCUAAAGAUCCAAUUAUUGUUGCAGGUGGAAGCUCGGGAUCUGGUAUGAAUCAAUUAAAAAAUCCAGUGGGUAUUUUUGUACGAAAUAAUAAUAUGUACAUUAUUGAUAAUGGCAAUUUUCGCAUUCAAAAAUGGGCUUUUGGUGCCACAAGUGGUAUAACCGUUGCUGGAGGAAAUUCAAAAGGCUCUGCACUAAAUCAACUAAGCAAUUGUUAUGGUAUUUAUGUAGAUGAUAAAGAAAAUAUUUACAUAGCCGAUAGAGAUAAUAACCGCGUCGUCAAAUGGGCACCUGGUGCAACUCAAGGUAUCGUAGUAGCGGGUGGUAACGGAGAAGGUAGCAAGUCAAAUCAAUUGAUAUUUCCUAUCGGCAUCGAUCUAGACAAAGAUGAUAAUAUAUAUAUAGCAGAUUAUUAUAAUGAUCGUAUUCAAAUGUGGCCAAAAGGAGCGACUAAUGGUAUGACAGUGGCAGGAGGAAAUGGAGGAGGAAGUGAUCCAAAUCAAUUAUCUUUACCAAGAGCAGUUUCAGUUGAUCGACAUAAGAAUGUAUAUGUGCUCGAUACUUUCAAUAAUCGAAUACAAAAAUGGACACCUGGCGCAUUACGUGGCAUUACAAUAAUUGGAAAUGAUGGACCCGGUACUCGAUCAAAUCAACUGAAAUCGCCAUUUGGAAUGAGAUUUGAUUCGAAAAAUAAUAUAUUUGUUGCUGAUACAUACAAUUACCGUAUACAAAAAUUUAGCUGUGGUAAGUACAUAGACGAUAUCUAUUCAAAUACUAAUGUAGAAUUGGGCUCAUUGGGUUUUAUCUCGAUAUAA